AGACAGGAAGACCUGGGGCCGAUAGCGCUGGCAGGAAGGAAUGCCACUCUGGUGAGCCAGUGGGGCCCAGGGGCAACGUCAUGGCCAUGGUGGCCCCGCCCUCCUCUCUGUCACGACGCGCCGGCCUCUCCUUCCCCUGCCCAGCCGCAUCCACCCAGUCUGCUCACAGCUCGCCCUGCUGCUCAGACAAGCCGAGGGACCCAGGGAAAGCCAUGGAGACGUCAGGACCCUCCUCCCAGUCUCAGAACAACAGUCAAAGCCACAGAGAAACAGAAGAUGGAGACUGUGGAGAGACAGAUUUCCACAAGCAGCCUGGGAAGUCUGAACUCUUUGCCCGAAAGCAAUUUGAAAGAGACAAGUCCUCCUCCUCCUCUUCCUCCUCCUCCUCCUCCUCUUCAUCCUCCUCCUCCUCAUCGUCAUCUUCCUCCUCCUCCUCAGAUAGUGGUGAUGAGGACCGGCACCCCAGAAUUUCUAGAAAACAUGGACGGAGCCCAGGGGCUGGACACGCCCACAGGGACAGCUCACCUGGUGCUGAGCACGGGGAGCCUGGCAUUUUGAAGGAUGAACUUCAACUCUAUGGAGGUGGAGAAGUGAUGCUCUCCGGGGAAUCAGGACUCCGAAGGAGAGGCUCAGACUCAGCAAGUGGAGAAGAGGAGGAGGCCUCUCGGUUACGAAGACUGAACAUAAAGAAAGACGACGAGUUCUUCCAUUUUGUCCUCCUCUGCUUCGCCAUCGGGGCCUCGCUGGUGUGCUAUCACUACUAUGCAGACUGGUUCAUGUCCCUCGGCGUUGGUCUGCUCACCUUCGCCUCUCUGGAGACCGUCGGCAUCUACUUUGGGCUGGUGUACCGCGUGCACAGCGUCCUGCAGGGCUUCAUCCCUCUCCUUCAGAAGUUAAUAGGGUUCAGGAAAACUGACUGAGGCCGCCACCAAGUGCGCAGCAGAGCCAGGCCCCCGUUUGACCACCGCUGCAUCCCCUGAGCCCACGAGGACAGAGCCGCGUUCUGGGAGACACGAGGCCAAGCCAGAGCAAUAAAGAGAGCCCUUUUCCUUCCA